UAAACAGCUGCGGGUUCCUGAAGGAGUGACAUCAGUGACAUCAUGACGUUAGACAAAACGUCCCGCAGCCGGAUGACAGUGACGGAGGUGGAGGCGUUUCUGCGGGAACCUCCGGCAGGUUUCACCGUGGAGGAGGCUCCAGGUUCGGGUUACCGAGUCCGCAGUGACCCGGAGAAGGUCCUGGUGCUUAUCGAUGACUUCCAGAGCUGCAGAGGGAAAAUAGUUUUCCAGAACUCGCCAGGAAGGAAGGUUAAGAUGCAUGAUCUAUGGGAGUACACCAGCAUGAGAAACAGCCUCCUGUCCAAGAGGAUCUACCUGCUGACGUCUGCCUGCCAGGAAAACGUCUCAGCCAGCAACAAAAAGGCAGCGAAUGAAGUGAGAGUGCUGCAGCAGUACGUGGUGUCCAUCGACGGCAGCGACCCUCUGAUCAAGUGGCAGCUGGAGCGAGGCCUGGACUGGACCAUCUCUUCUGUCACUGGAGAAAGCUACAGGGUGGAUAUCGACUUGACUGAAACGCUUGAGAGCUGGGCUGCAAAAAACAUCCACAAACUACUAAAAGUCGAGCCCUUGUGGAGAGACGCCUCCUUCACCCUCAAAUACUACUCUGACGCCCUCUUUGAUUUCCCUCACUGGUUUGGCUUCAGCAAAAGAAGCUUCAAGUUGAGACUGACAUGACCCAGCAGCAGAUGAAGAUCUGGGAUAAAUGGAGAGUCUGCUGAGUGUUUGGAGGCGUGAACUGAAGAAAAGGGAGUUUCUUGAUGGACAGACGAAUGGCUUUAAUACCAAACUGCCAGUUCUGCCUCUUUGGACGGGAGCGUGGGUCUGAAUACUUCUUGAGUUUAGCGGAUGGAAACUACAAAUGGGGACUGACAAGGAAAUUCAGAAUGACCGGCAGAUUAUUAUAGUGAAAUCAUAUGUUUGAAUAAAUGUUUUUUUAAAAGAUGUUUGUAUUGUAUUGUACGUUUAAGAAG